CUUUCUCCGCCUCCGCCGCGUUCACUUUUCACACGACAGAUACGGCUGGACUUGUAACGGCGGAACUUUGCAUCGGCGGCCGGGAGCGACGUGUUGUGUAAUUAUGUGUUUUUUAAAUGCCCAAAUCAAGCAGAAAUAAUUCGUUAUCGCCGCCGGACGAUUGUACACAUGAGCGAAAGCACCGAGGUGUAUGUUUUGAUCGGACUGCUGCUGCUGGAUUCAGCGUUUUGGAUCUUGGUUCACCUGGGUUUUUUUCUCAAGGAUUUCUGCGAGGUGCGAUGGAUGAGAGACUUGGCUGCUUGUGGAGUGUAGCAGGCCUGGCUCCUGCUGACACACAGGAAGGCUGAGGAGCUGCAGGGGAGUGAGGAAUCUCCCCAAAACCAGUCUCCUUCCUACACUUAGUAUCAAGCCCAAACCCAACUGUCCCAGCCACCAUCAGGCUUUCCUCAACCUCACUCCCAGCUGUUUUCCCCCCACUGUCAGGCUGUCAGUGUAAAUGAGAAUUUGUUUUUAUCUGAUCCUCCUUGAAAUAAAAAAAAAAAAAAUAAAGUAGCUGCUUCUGCAUCCAAUUCAAGUGGUUCCUCUCUUAAAAUAUUGUUUAUGUCUACCUGAGUCGAAACCAAACCCCGGGCCUCAUUACACUCAAGUCUAACACGACCAUGAGGAACACCAGGACGAGCCUGUUGCUAGGCUGCAUCCUCCUCUGCUCCGCCUCUCUCCUUUACCUGGGCAUGAGUGGGAUAGAGUGCCCACCCAAAAGCCAUCGCCACAGAUGGGUGGAGCUCAACCUGGGCUUGGCCAAUCACAACCUGUCCCUGCCCACCCAUUUUCCCGAAGACACGCCUCUCAUCUUCAUCGGCGGGUUCCCUCGGAGCGGCACGACACUGAUGCGGGCCAUGCUGGACGCCCACAAUGCUGUGCGGUGCGGCGAAGAGACCCGGGUGAUUCCCCGCCUCCUGGCCAUGCGCGCCACCUGGAGCCGCUCGGUCAAGGAGAGGAUACGAUUGGACGAGGCCGGCGUCACCGACCAGGUGUUGGACUCCGCUGUGCGAGCGUUCCUUUUAGAGGUGAUUAUUGGCCACGGGGAACCUGCUCCCCGUCUUUGCAACAAGGACCCGUUUGCCCUGAAGUCCCUGUCAUAUCUGGCACGCAUCUUCCCCAAGGCCAAAUUUGUGCUUAUGCUGCGGGACGGGCGAGCAACUGUCCACUCCAUGAUAUCACGUAAGGUGACCAUCUCUGGCUUUGACCUGGCCAGCUACAGGGACUGCCUGACCAAGUGGAGCAGCGCGGUGGAGACGAUGUUCAGCCAGUGCCAGGGGGCCGCAGAGGGCCGCUGUCUGCCUGUGCGCUACGAGCAGCUCGUCCUGCACCCAGAGGAGGAAAUGAGGAAAUUGCUUCACUUCCUAGAGCUGCCAUGGGAUUCGGCUGUGUUGCACCACGAAGAGCUGAUAGGAAAGGCUGGGGGCGUGUCUCUAUCCAAGGUUGAGCGCUCAACAGACCAGGUGAUGAAGCCAGUGAAUACCGACGCCCUCUCCAAGUGGGUGGGCCACAUUCCAGCUGAUGUGAUGAAUGACAUGGCCGACAUCGCUCCCAUGUUGGCUCGUCUGGGCUACGACCCCCAAGCCAACCCUCCAGACUACACAAGACCGGAACCCAUUGUUUCCUUGUUCAACUACUCCCAGAGCUUGAAAGCGACAGAAACCCCACACCCCAGUUAAGAGGAAGAGGAACCGCCAGAAACGUGUUUGAAUGCUGUUGAUAUGGAUGCACCUUAAACACUGACUUCCAGUUCAGCUGUAAAUACACAUAUCCAGGAAAUGGUGAGGUGUCCCAUGUGUAUUUCUGCAUUGGUCACAGUUCUCCUUCAUAAUGCCAGUGUGUGGUGUUAUGUUGUUAUGGGAGUGGAGCUCACUGAGUGACUCGGGGGAGGGGGAGGAGGGUCUCAAUAGCUCCUGCUCAGGGAACUUCCCUGCCUCACACUUUCUGCCCUGAUUCCCUCCACAAUGGACCAACAAUGUUACAUGGCAUUUUGAUGUUUGUAUUGCAUUUUUUUCUAGCAACUUGUACCUGAAAAUAUUUCAACAUGUGUGUAGUUUAUUAUCAAUUCACCACAAAUGUGAAUGUGUUUUAGACAAAUCGAUCACUUACUGACAGUGAAGUAAAUGUUCUUAGGGCAUAAUGACUGUAUAUUUUUGAAGAACUAUUUUUAUUUUCUUAAUAAAUUAUUUUAAUGUUGACCAUUCAUUAAAAAAAUGUUUGUUCUAUGAUGGAGCUUUUUAAUUGUUGGAUAUUGUUGAGUAUGAAUAAAAAGAGCCAAAAUGUCA